GUUUCCGUUUCUCUCUCGACUCCGCAACCGCGAAUCCGAUCAGUCUCUCGCUGGAUUUUGAUUCUUCUUCGGAUACUACACAACCUUUGAAACGUGAGAGGAAACUUGCAUAUAAUAAUCCAAUGGAGACGAUAGGCUCCAAAGGUCUCCUAAAAAAGUCUGAGUUCAUUAGGAUAAUCAUUGAUGCACUUUCCUCACUUGGGUUUGGUGACAUAGCGGCCAGUUUGGAGAAACGGUCUGGCAUUUUUCUGCACAGUCCUAUUGUUACGAACUUUCUGGACCUAGUAAAGAAAGGAGAAUGGGACAAAUCCAUUGAAGCAUUGCAGGGAUUUGAACUGCGUGAUGACAAGCCUGUGAAAUUCUUUCUACUAGAGCAAAAAUUCCUUGCGCUUCUGAAUAUGGGAAAUGCUAGGGAUGCUCUGAGAACCUUAAGAGAAGAGAUUGUGCCUCUUGAUGUAUACGAGAAUCGCAUUCCGAAGCUCGCGAUCAAACUUAUAAUACCUUCUGGUGAAGAUGCUGAAAGUGUGAAUUCAAGUUCCAAGGUUGUGCAGAAGCUUCAAAAACUGUUUCCUCCUGCAGUUCUCUUCCCAGAAAAGAAGUUGGAGUAUCUCUUAGAGAUGAUUCUUGAUCUUCAGCGGCGUCACUGUAAUUUCCACAAUAUUCCGGAUAGUGAUUUGACCGUAUGCUCUGGUCAUCGUUGUGACCAACGUAAAAUUCCAACGGAGACUGUACAGAUAUUGGAGGGACAUACCCAUGACGUCUUGUUCUUGAAAUUCUCACAUAAUGGCAAACUCUUGGCUUCUUCUUCCAGUGAUAACUCAGCAAUUAUAUGGGAGAUCGAUGCACAGGGGAAGUUUUCGCAGAAGCAUAAACUUGUGGGGCACAAGAAACCCGUGGUAGUAGUCUUGUGGAGUCCUGAUGAUCGACAAGUCAUUACAUGCGGAGAAAAUGAGGUUAUCAGGCGGUGGGAUGUUGGUUCAGGAGAAUUCGUUCGCUCGUAUGAAAGAAAUGGUCUUGCUUCUCUUUCUUGUGGAUGGGUUCAUGAUGGUUCGGGUAUAAUUGGCGCAAUGGCAGACAGACGCAUCUAUAUGUGGAAUUUAGAUGGAACUGAGCUACAGCACGAGCAAGACGAACGGGCAAACAAUCUUUUUGAUGUAGCAAUGACGACUGAUGGCAAAUGGCUUGUAAGCGUGGGAAAGGAGGGGAAUGAGAUCUCAUUGUUUGAUAGAGAAACCGGAGCUGAGAAUAAACUGAUUCCAGGGAAGAGGGAUAUCGCCUCGUUCUCGCUUUCCAAAGACAACAGUCAUCUUCUAAUCGAUCUCGAUACCUAUGAGAUCCAAAUCUGGAACAUUCAAGGCCAACCAUACAAGGUUUUGGAAUUCGAUGGCCACAGGAGAAAAAGGUUUACUCUCAGAUCUUGCUUUGGUGGCUAUGCAGAAUCUUUCAUCGCCAGUGGGAGUGAGAAUGAACUGGUAUACAUAUGGCACGUAAGAGAACAGAAGACACCUUAUCGCGUAUUGCAAGGACACUCAGAAGCUGUGAACUGUGUGAGUUGGAGCCCUACUGAUCUGCAUAUGUUGGCCUCAGCGAGCGACGAUCGAACCAUUCGGAUUUGGGGACUUGACAAGACGUUGGAUGUUGUUCAAUGGUGGUAACUGAUGAUAAUGACUUGACUGCAGAUUUGUUCAUUUGAUAUUCUUCAUGUACAUAUGAUAUUAUACCUUUUAUGUGGGUA